AUGUUCUGGCGAUUUGGCGGCUACGCCAACAUCUCCACCAUCGAUACCAUCCUCGAGAAGCCAGACUUCACCGUCGAAGACCUGCUCGACGAGAGCGAUCUCAUCCAGGAGCUUAAGCAGCACAACACAAAGCUUAUCGAAUACCUCCGAGAGGAUAACGUCCUCAAGACCCUGCUCGAAUAUGUCGUUGCCCCGAAACUAGAGCCCGUCGCCACCCCGGCCGACAUCGAAGAACCCAAAGAAGCCCCGGCCGACGAGUCCAAAGGCAAGGGCCGCCUGCUCCCCUUCUCAAGACCCCGCGCGUCCUCUCGCGCCACAGACACCGACAAUGAAGAAGAGGAGCAAGAAAAGAAGCGCAAUCGCUAUGCUUACGUCGCUGCCGAGGUGCUAUCUUCCGACACCUGGUCCAUCUACGAGGCCUUGAUGGAAAACCAGCCCUUGAUUCGCGAGUUUUGGCAAUUCUUGAAGCGCCCUACCCCGCUGGACCCUCUCCAGGCCAGCUAUUUCACAAAGGUCAACGAGGCCCUGUUCGACAAGAAGACGGAAGAAAUGGUCAUUUUGCUCAAGUCCCUUCCGGAUGCCGUGUCAGAUCUGCUGCGCCACGUUGAAUGCCCCAUGAUUAUGGACCUGCUGUUGAAGAUUAUUGCUCUGGACCGCACCGAGGGCGGCCAGGGUGUUGUCGAGUGGCUGUACUCCCAGGACGUCGUGCCUACCCUGCUUACUUGCCUGAGCCCCGAACACAGCUGGGUCGUCCAGACGGCUGCCGGCGAUUUCAUCAAGGCCAUCAUCACCAUUUCCGCCAACGCGUCACAAAACGAGCAGCAGUGCAUCGGCCCCAACGAGCUUACGCGGCAGCUGGUGUCGCAGCCUUGCGUCGAGCAGCUCAUAAAGUACAUGCUAGGAGGCGGAAACCCGUUGACGGUUGGUGUGGGCAUCGUUAUUGAGGUAAUCCGCAAGAACAACUCGGAUUACGACCCCGAUGUCGGUACCGAAUCCAGCUCCAUGCCCUCGAGCAGAGACCCAAUCUACUUGGGAACUCUCCUGCGCCUGUUUGCGCAGCACGUGCCCGACUUUGUCAACCUGAUCAUGAACGCACCCGCUCACAGGGAUCGCUUGGAAUCCACCUUUGGCGAGAAGAUAGAGCCUCUCGGCUUCGACCGAUUCAAGACCUGCGAGUUGAUGGCCGAGUUGCUGCACUGCAGUAACAUGGGCUUGCUCAACGAGGUUGGUUCCGAGGACGUGAUUGCGGUACGGGACGCCGAGCGUCAGCGACUGAGGACGGAAGGCAAGCUCUCCCCCAACCGGGGCGAGGAGGCCCAGUCCACCGACGACCUGACCAUGCGCAUCGGCCACUCAUCUCCAGAGGAGGGUCGCCGACUGGAAGUGACCAACAUCUCAGAUGACGACGGCUUCGAGGAGGUCGAACCCAGCCGCGAAAUGAACGAGGAUACUUCCCACGAAUUCGUCAAGGCCGAGGAGGAGAUUCCUGUUGCUGCCCCGGCGUCGUCAUUCUUGGAUAGAGACGAAGACGAUUUCGUGGACGAACCCCUGAGCUCCCCCAGACUCAACGUGGCAGACGACAAAAUCAAGGAGCAGAGAUUCGAUGAUCCCGACCUGGUCGUUGCGCCGCUCUCACCCAGCAAGAACAAGGCACCCCUCGGCGAGGAGAGCCCUGCUGCCACGGAAACCAAGAUCGAGGAAGAGAAGCCGACGGAGACCGAAGCCAAGACCGAGGCUCCCGCCGCCGAGGAGCAAAAGCCAGUGGAGACUAAAGAUGAGUCCAAGGAGGACGCUUCGGAAAAGACUGCGGAAGACGUGACGAUUUCCAAGGUUGGAGAGAUGUCUUUGGAUGAGAAGGCCAACCAAAGCGCUGUCUCGGAAGAUUCUAGCCAGAAGGGUGACGAGUCUGACUCCUCUGUCGUCUACACCCCCAGCGCGACCGAGUCGGAGGCCAAGACGGAGCCGGCUGAAACAGCGCCGGCCGCACCCGAACCCCCGAUCUCUCCCCGACCGGAAGAUAUGCCUGCGCCGCUCUUUGCCAAGUCUUCUCCUGCCAAGACGGAGGACAAGGAGGCCGAGUCAGAAGCUGCGCCUGCCCCGGAAGUUCCGAUGGCUCCAGAGGUACCCGCAGCGCCAGCACCCCCCGGAGCGGACUCAGACCAGCCGCCUGCCGUCCCUGAGCGGCCCGACCCCAGCACUGUGAAGCCGGUAGUUGGCGACUACCUUAAGCAGCAAUUUGUAGAGUAUCGCGUUGUGCCCACCAUCCUAUCAUUUUUCUUCGCGUACCCGUGGAACAACUUUCUCCACAACGUGGUAUAUGAUAUCGUUCAGCAGGUCUUUAAUGGCCCAAUGGACAGGGGCUUCAACCCUACCCUGGCCGUAUCGUUAUUCGAGGCCGCAGACAUCACUAGUGCCAUAAUCCAAGGCCAGCUCGCUAGCGACGAGUCCCAGGCCAAGAUCAAGACCCGCAUGGGCUACAUGGGUCACCUGACGCUGAUCGCUGAAGAGGUGGUCAAGUUUACGGAACGACACCCUCCUGAGCUGCUGUCAGAGACGGUUCUUGAGCGGGUGAUGGACCCUAGAUGGAUCAACUACGUGGAGGGAGCCCUCGCGGAGACCAGAGAGCGUGAUAACGCCAUUCUUGGUGGUGUCCGACCAGAGGUGGCCCUUGGCAACCGCGCCGGCAUGUCUGGCAACGGACUGGCCGCGGUUGGCCUUUCUGGCCUUGGCUCAUCCUUUUCCAACUCUGGAGGAAACACCGGGUCAAGCGCCCUGGCCGAUGCCGGACUCAACGGCAACAUGGACCUGCAGGAGAAUAGCGGCAACGGAAUCGGACCUUUUGCCAUUAGCUCGGGUACUCUCAUGUCUGGUUUCGGCAGCUCCAGCGACGAGGAAGACGAAGGUGAAGAAGAGAACGAGGACGACGUCAACAAUGAGUACGCAGAUGAAGUUAGAAGGUCCCCUCGCGGUCACGUUUUCCAUGAGGACCACGCCUACGCUGGCCAUGGCAUUGGACUUGGGCUUUUGGGCAAUGAGGACGAUGAUGAUGACGAACCGGUUAUUGUGUAUCGAGAUGGCGAGACGGGCGGCGAAGAGGAACCAGAUGAGGAAAUGAGUAUGUUCCGGGCUUAUACCGACCCAUUGAACAACUCAUCAUCAUCUCUUAACCCGCCAUCCAUCCCGCCACCGCCGCCGCCUCCGCCACCGCUGAACAUUCCUCCUUCCAGAGCCCGCCUCCAGCUGGCAGCCCGGCUCGCCAUGCACCAGAAGAACAACGCCGCAGCAGCGGCAUCGCGUGAGGACGGCGACGAGGACGCCAAGGACGAAAAGAGCGAGGACGAGGGGGAACGGCUCAAGAACCCGUUCGCGGACGACGAGGAAGAUGAAGAUGCCGACAGCGACGAUGAAGAUAACGACAGCCAUCACGGUUCUGGAGCAGCUGGGGCGGUGACUGGCGCGUGGGGUGCGUCAGGCCGGGGAUCAUGGUGGCGCGGGGUAUCGCGACGGGGCGGCAAUCAACGAUUCGACGGGCAAGACGACUCGGACGACGAGGUGGACGACGACGAUGAGGAGUUUGGGGACUUCGCCAUGCCUGAAGUUGACCCGGCGCCGGGAUCUGACGGGGACGACAACGUCAUCCUGAAGCCUCUUGCGGUGCACCCGCCUGGGUCUGGAGGCAAGGCGUUUGGGAGCCUGUGGCCGUUUGGCAGCGCCAAGGACGGCCAGGACGAGAAGAGCGAGAAGGAAGGCGAGGAGACGGUGACGGGAGAGGAUGAGAAGCCUGUGCAGGCGGCCGUGGAGGCGGCGCGGCGGACGAGCAUUGAGGAGGCGGAUGACGAUGAGGAGGUUGUCGUGCAGAAGCCGUCGAGCCUGUGA